AAAAAAAAAUACAUAUCCCAUUAAUUAAUUUAAAUUAUUAGAAAUAUACUUUUUUUAAAAUUAAUUUCUAGGGUUUAUGGGGGCUGGUUUAUCUUGUUUGGCAACUGACGAUCAGAAAUCCGCCAUUAAUACACCUUCAAAGCUUGGCCUUGGGGACUUGCCAGAAAGCUGUAUUGCUCUGAUUCUUUCACGUUUAAACCCUAGUGAUAUUUGUAGAGCGGCACGUGUGAACAGAACAUUUCGGCGUGCUUCUUUGUCCGAUCAUGCGUGGGAAACAAAGUUGCCUGAAAAUCACCAGAUUCUUCUGCAGAAGCUGUUUAUUAGUUGUAAUAAUAAUAAUAUUAAUCCACAGGUUUUGAGCUACAAGGAGACUUACGCCAGAUUGAGUUCUCCUAUUCGCUUUGCCGCAGACACAAAGGAAGUUUGGUUGGACGAGGGUAGAGGUGGAAUAAGUGUGGCUAUUUCUUGGAAGGGAAUGAAAAUUACUGGCGUAGAUGAUCGUAGAUACUGGACCCACAUCUCAACUCAUGAAUCUAGAUUUCAGACAAUUGCUUAUCUCCAGCAAAUAUGGUGGCUAGAAAUAGAAGGCGAUUUGGAGUUCGAAUUCCCUGUGGGCACGUACAGCGUGUUCUUCAGGUUGCACCUCGGGCGAGCCUCAUCGAGUAAAGCUCCGAGCGGCCGACCAAUAACAUACAACGGGGAGAAGAUCCACGGCUGGGAUAUUAAGCCAGUUAAGUUCCAGCUGGAAUCAUCAUCCGACGGCCAGCAUUCGGUGUCUCACCGCUUCUUGGAUGAACAUGGGAAAUGGGUGCACCAUCAUGUAGGCGAUUUUGUUGUAGAGGAUUCUAACUCCCCCACAAGGCUCAAGUUCUCAAUGACUCAGAUUGACUGUACACACACUAAAGGUGGACUGUGUUUUGACUCUGUGUUCAUAUUCCCCUGCAGACGUUAAUUAUUAAUCCACAAAUUAAUUGGUUGGAUUUUAUUUAGGUUAGUUUGUGAAUAUAUAUUAGUGAGAUUUCCACUUAUGGUUAUAUUUAUGAAAGAUUUUGUGUAAGAUUGACCCGAUUGUACGAAAUAUUUGUGUAAGAUACCUUCAUACUAUUGAAAAUCGGCGAUUCAUUUUCUUUUA